UUUUUCAUAACUUUCAUUGCUUAUAUCUCCCUUAUUAUUAUCCUAAUGGAAAGCUACCAAAAUAAAGGAAGGGUGAUCCACUAAGAUUAAUUCGUUCUAGUAUGAAGAGGGAACAAUAAACUUUUUUUUUCGGUCAUCAUCUUGUCCUCAGUUGCUUGACGUCUGAUAGAAAUUAAUACGCGUUGACAAUGGAAUGAUGAGGUGUGCCUAAUACGAAAUGGUAUUUGUGCAUAAUCAGAUCCAUCCGUGGCAACAAACGCGAUUGAUUGGUCUCUGAGAUCCUGGCACCAAUCAAAGUCUAUUCGUCAUGGUGAAGGAGGGAAAGGCCCCAACAUAAGGCUGGCUCACACAGAUCAAUCCUUUACUCCGUCACAGGGCCGCAGAGACUGAAUUGGUGCUCGCGUUCUUUUUCGGCGUUUACCAUGGACGCCGCUAACGCCUCCUGUCUCAGGGUGGUCAACGAACAGUUCUACGGACCACUCUCUAUCUCUGGGUCGCCUCCUAACUACACCUACAGUGGCCCCAUGGUUGGAUUGUUUGACACAAUGGCAAAGCACCUCGGUUAUUUCUGCUACAAGAUGGAGGCGUCACCGGAAAGGGUGUACGGGGAGCCGCUACCCAAUGGUUCCUGGACGGGGCUGAUGGGGAUGUUGCAACGACGUGAAGCCAAUGUGACUGGGACGCUACUUUCUGUCACGUGGCUCAGAACACAGGUUGUGGACUUCAGCGAAUACUUGGACAUAGACGAAUUCACAGCUUUGCACUCCCGGCCAGCCCUCACCUCUGAUGUAACCGGCUUGGUGCGGCCCUUCACAUACCAGACGUGGUUAUUUCUGCUGCUGAGUCUCAUCAGCGCCUUCGCCGUGACUCUGAUCGUCGUGCAGCGACAUCAGGGCCUCGUCGCCCCAAGAGAGGAGCAGCAACGGCGUCAUGGUAAGGCGGACUGGCGAAUAAACUUGAAAGAAUCCUGGCUGUGGACGUGGUGUGGUCUCUUAGGGCAGACCAAUAAUUUGUAA